GGCUUCGACACUGGCAACUCGAUCAGAGCACGAAAAAAUAAACAAGAAAUGGGUAGCAACGGGACUUGAGCCCUCGCUAAUACAACAGAUUGGCCUGAACGAGCUCUAAUUUGGCGCAGUUGCUUCCCGUAGCACGAUUCUGGGACAUAGCUGAUAGAAAAGCAAGUCUUGUAAUGACAGUUAUUUCCGUUUUUACCCACGCACAUCGCACAUUGCCAAGGGCUUGUCUCUUACAAGGCGACUGCGAUGUCACUUUCGGCAUGGCUGUGUGCCUCCUGUGGUGAAUACUAGAGGCUGCGUCUUCUCAGGAGCAUCAAAGGCGAGAGCAUCGAACAGGUUCAUGGCAGCAAUGGAGAGUGAGUCGCUUGCCGAGCGUAUUUUGCAAGAUCUCGGAAACGUCUUUAAGAAGGAACCACUUGUGAAGGAGUUUGAUGUGGUUCCAGUGAGCAACUCGUCAUGCAACCGCAGUCCAGUGGUGUGUGUGGAUGGCCAUUUGGCUCUUGGAAGCUGGUGCGUCCCUCAUGUGUAUAGUUAUGCAUACACAAGGCUGAUUGAAGCACGCAACAACAUUUCAAGGCAUGAGAAAGAUGUUGUUCUUGGCUGGUCAAGAGUAGUUAUUCUCAUAAAUCCAGAUGUACAGCUUGCCUGGAAUAUCAGGAAGGAGCUCUUCUUGUGCAAGCAGACAACGUUUCAAGAGGAACUGAAGUUUUCUCAGCUUGUUCUGACAAGAAAGCCUAAGUGUUCGGAAGUGUUCUCGCACAGGCGAUGGCUUAUGCAACAUAACCUGCGAAGCUACACCACUGACCGCGCCAACAAUAUUCUGCAAGAGGAGCUCAAGGUGUGCCUCGCUGCUGCUGAGAAGUACAGGUGUAACUACUAUGCCUGGACCUACAGGAUAUGGCUUAUGGACACCUUUGUCCAUGGCAACCCUCUUAUGAUGGAAUCUGAGAUUCAACUGACUCGCGAGUGGGUCCGCGGUCACGUGUCAGACUGCAGCGGCUUCCAUUACCGGCAGUACCUGCUGCGCCGUGUGGGAAGCAUUCCACUGCUGUCCAAGGAGCUGGCCCUGUGCGAGGAGCUGUGCCUCUCAUAUCCUGGCCACGAAGCCAUCUGGAUGCAUCGGCGCUUCUGCCUCUGGCAUCUGCAUCCUACUGCCACCAAUGGGGAGACGCAGGCCAAGAAGGCCCGCGGCACCACCAACUGGGCCGAAGCUGAGGAGGCCUUUUUGCAGCGAGCGUCGGGUUGUGGGGAAUGGCAGGACGAGUUGGUGGUGCGUCACGUUCGUUGGUUACGCAGCGUCUUGGGCUGGACGGGGACGGCACCGUGACGGCAGCAAUGCGGCGGCACCGAUGGCACGUGCCGGGAGAGAAGUGGCUGUGAUUUUUCGUCUCAGGAGAAAAGGUUUGUGCUCCUGAUGUAGUCAGAAACAGAAACGGUGUCUGAGGGCAGCCGGAAGUUUGUGCAGUUUUGCAUUUUGCUUCCACAGCGAGGGAUGGGUCUCAAGCAAGCGAUGGGACAUUGCAGGAGUGAAAUAACAGUGCUCCUGGUAUAGGUACAUGUGCAUGGAAGAGAGAUAUGGCUGUGAUUUUAUCUCAGGAGGAAAGAAAAAAAAAAGUGUGCUUUUUUGUAAUAAUGAGUAAUCUGACCAAAAAGCAUGGUGUCAGCAUCUACCACAAAUGUAGUUAGAGGCAUGUGCAAUCGUGCCAAAGAAGUGCACGUAAUGGCUUAUGUGCUGGAACAGGUGUAUCGGAUGCACUUUAGUCACAGUACUGCUCGACUACUGGACUGGUGUAGUUGUCAGUGGUGCUGCCUGUGUGUCAGCUUCCGUCGAAUAUGACGGCAGUAGUCAAUGUAAAGAACAAAAAUGCCUGCAUGGCUGCAUCAAUGUUAUCUGCUAAGUGUUGCUAACUGUGAGGUAUAUUAACAUAUAUGGAGCUACUGCACAUGCUCCUACAUGUGGAAUAUUACUGAUGUGGGUAAUUAGCAUAGUUCAUGUGAACCAUUCCUUUUGCUAAGCUUGGUUGAUGAACCUUGCGAGACAAAAGUUUGCUAGUGAAUUGUUUGGGCUUUCCCAGAACUUGGUGACU